UCCUGUGUGUAGGAGCUGUACAGGGUUGGAGGAGAUCGAUCUUCUGGGCCUGGCUAAGCAAAGUUCAUAUUUACUUCAAAAUGGUAAGAAUCUUGGCAAAUGGGGAGAUCGUUCAAGAUGACGACCCUCGAGUAAGGGCAAGCACGCAACGUAGAGAUAAUAAUCCUCGCCAGGGUUUUAACACAAUGGGAAACACUGGACCAGGACCACAACAGGUUCCACAAGACGGGGCAAGACAGGAGGGGCGCUCUCCUUUUACUGACUUUAAUCAGCAGUUGGUGAACAUGGGAUUCCCACGCUGGAAUCUUGGAAACCAGGUGGUAGAGCCAGUCAUGUCCAUUCUCAUCCUCUUUCUUAUUCUAAUGAUGGGUUUUCGUGGUUUGCUCCUUAUAGGCUUAAUAUAUGUUGUAUCAUAUCUCAGCCAGCGAUAACUGCAAAUAUUGGAUUCUGGGAACUGGAACAGGAAAUUAAAAUAAGUAGUCUGUGGCUAUAAUUAACUUUUAUGAUGGUGCUUCUUAUUGGAGAAGUUUAGGCUCUUUGCUGAAGAGCCACAUUUUCUGAACGUGUUCGCCUGAUGGAUAUCAAUAAAUGUAUCCAACUUUCUUUAGGACCAAAAA